AUGGAGGCCAAGCGGCUGGACUUGGACGCCCCCCUUCUCUCCGUCCGCCGGUUCGCCUCCUCUGCUCCGGCGCCACGGCCGCCGUCUUCGCCGUCCACCUGCCGGAAGGCCGCCCCCCCCUUCUACAGGUCGGAUUUGAAGUCGGGGCCAGUGGGGAACCCCGGCGUGGUUCCCUUCCUCUGGGAGCAAUCCGCCGGCGAGCCCAAGGACAAGCCCAAGGCCAAUCCCGCGGCGGCGGUGCAGGCGCUCCUGGGGGCGGAGCACCGGACCCGCGGUGGCGACCCGGACGAGGACGACGACGAUGGCAUCGCCGACGCCCUCGAGACGCUCUCCCGCACCGAGUCCUGUUUCAUGACCUGCAGCAUAAGCGGUACGGCCGGCGGCGAGAUUGACGGGCGAGCGCCGCCGCCCGGUAGAUUCUCGGAGGACCCUCCGGGAAGAGACUUCGUGAUGGGCCGCUUCCUCCCCGCUGCUCAGGCAAUGGCUUCCAGCGCGCCGCAGAGCGCCCCGAGGAGGCCCCCGGUGCUCCGACGCCCCGCCGCAGAGUCACCGGCCGCCACCUCGCCCCACCAGCGCAGGCCUAGUUACUCCCUCGAACAAGCUUCUCUUCCCCACAGUGACAUCGGGGAAGACGACGACGACGACGACGGCGGCGACGUUCGCCAUCUUUCGCUUCAAGGAUGCGGCUUGCUUCCGAUGCUCUGCAUGAAGGGAUCCUAUCUUCUGGGUCCUCUCUCAGGGACGAAGACGAGGGGUCGCAUGCCUGCGGCAGCAGGCCGGAGUUCGCUCCUCCCUCAGCAGCAGCAGCAGCGCAGAGCUCCCCUCCGAGCCUCCGCAAGCGACGCAGAAGAUGAGGUAGGGCAGUGGGCACACUUCUCCUUCUCUUCUCUGCCGGAGGAUUCGCUCACAGUUGCUUCUUACCGCGCAGCACAUCUGGGAAGAGGUCUACGAGCACAAGCUGGGACGAGUCCGGCAGAAGCUCGGGGAGGAGGCCAGCAGGUGGACCAGCGAGUCCAACCAGCUCUCCUUCUGGAGCGACUCCCCCACGGCCGACGGGUCCUCCUCCUGGAGGCGCUCCACCGGCGGCGGCGGCGGAGCCCCGAGGCCGAUGAUUGAGGAGACGGGCGACGGCGAUUCCAUACCUAAAGCAGGGGAGAAACCGAGUCUAGGACACAGAGCCGUUAACUCUGAUGAACAACUGCGCCUUCUUGAUGGCGGAGGGAAGCAGACCAUGGAUGAUGCUCUGCCGGCUCCUCUUCCCCCACCUCUGCCGGAGUCUCCCUCAGACUCAUGGCUGUCGCGCACCUUGCCCACUGUUGCCUCAAAGGGCUCCGCCCCAUUGCCAUUCCUUGGUAUCCAGCUUGGCCGUAAGAAGCAGACCACGGGGGCAUCAUCAACAGAUUCCAGGGUGGGGAACUAUAACCAAGGAGAGGGCGACGACCAUGGACAAGGUGCAGUUUUGGUAAACCCUGUAAACGGGGAUUGA